CUUUCUCCGGCCUCGUCUCGGUGUGGUUCUGGCGCAGACACGGGGCCAUCUUCUGCACAAAUCCAGAGAAAAACACGUCUGUUUGGCGCCAGGCCUCUGUCCGGGCGCAGAGCUGCUUCCUCGGCUGUCCCCGUGUGAGAGUCCGUGCGCGGGUCUGGAGCGGGGGUCGUGAGCAGGGGCCGGGGCAGGCUGAAGAUGCGCCUGGCGGGGCUGAUCUUUGGGCUGAGCUGAGGCUGUGCGGGCUGUGGGGGAGUGGAGCUUCCUGUGGCGUUUCCUCUGUUUGUAAACUAGCGCUGAAGAAAACCACGGCCGACGACAGCGCUCAGUUUAAUACUAGAUGAGCCCCGACCAUCCUGACUGACGCUCUGUGGAUGACCCUGCGCCCACACUCCCCACAGCCAUGUCCCAUCUGCCCAGCAGCUCAGUGCGCGACCAUAUGAAAUGGGCGGGGCUGCUUGGCUGCGAGGCUGUCCUCUCCAGCAUGGCCCUGAUGCAGGCCAGUACGAUGGGCGCUCCGCCCAAGAAGAUGAUGGCUCCACUUGGCCAUGGCCCCCCACCGAGAGAGGUCCCUGACCGACCCCCCCAGAGUCACAUGAUCCUCCCAUCGGGGAUGAGCUGUCCGCCUCUGCUUAUCCGAAAGGAAGGAGAGUACCAGACCCCUCGACUCCUGGACGAUAAGGACAUGAGGGCGAAUGAGGAUCAGCUGAAGAAGAAGAACAGGAAAACUGUGCCUCCGUGUAAAGUGAGAGAACACGACGAGAGGGGAGGGAAGGGGCCGAACGGAGACGAGAAUGGCCCUGCGUCUAAAGUGCAGAAAAACUUUAUUUGUGAUCACUGUUACGGAGCGUUUAGGAGCGGAUACCAUCUGAAAAGACACAUCCUCAUUCACACAGGGGAGAAGCCGUAUGCGUGUGCUGUGUGUGACAUGAGGUUCAUUCAGCGCUAUCACCUGGAAAGACACAGCCUCAUUCACACAGGAGUGAAGCCGUACGCUUGUUCCAUGUGUGACAUGCGGUUUUUCCAGCGUUACCACCUGGAGAGACACAAGCUCACUCACACUGGGGUGAAGCCGUACGCUUGCUCCAUGUGUGACAUGAGGUUCUUCCAGAGGUACCACCUGGCCCGACACAGCCUCACUCAUACUGGGGUGAAGCCGUACGCUUGCUCCAUGUGCGACAUGAGGUUUUUCCAGAGAUAUCAUCUGGCCCGACACACUCUCACGCACACGGGGGUGAAGCCGUACGCUUGCUCCAUGUGUGACAUGAGGUUUUUCCAGAGAUACCAUUUGGCCAGGCACAGCCUCACUCAUACUGGAGUGAAGCCUUACGCCUGCACCAUCUGUGACAUGAGAUUUAUCCAGCGCUACCAGCUGGAGCGCCACAGCCUCACUCACACAGGGGUGAAGCCGUACGCUUGCACCAUGUGUGACAAGAGGUUUUUCCAGAGGUAUCACCUGGCCAGACACAGCCUCACGCACAUGGGGGUGAAACCGUACGCUUGCACCAUGUGUGACAUGAAGUUCUUUCAGCGUUACCACCUGGCCCGACACAGCCUCACGCACACUGGUGUGAAGCCUUACGCUUGCACCAUGUGUGACAAGAGGUUUUUCCAGAGGUACCACCUGCAAAGACACAGCCUCACGCACAUGGGAGUGAAGCCGUAUGCUUGUACCAUGUGUGACAUGAGGUUUGUCCAGCGCUACCACCUGGCCAGACACAGCCUCACUCAUACGGGUGUGAAGCCUUACGCUUGCACCAUGUGUGACAAGAGGUUUUUCCAGAGGUACCACCUGCAGAGACACAGCCUCACGCACAUGGGGGUGAAGCCGUACGCUUGCACCAUGUGUGACAUGAGGUUUGUCCAGCGCUACCACCUGGCCCGACACAGCCUCACUCAUACGGGGGUGAAGCCGUUUGCUUGCUCCAUGUGUGAUAUGCGGUUUAUUCAGCGUAACCACCUGGAGAGACACAGCCUCACUCAUACGGGAGAGAAGCCUUUUGCCUGUGACAUGUGCGACAUGAGGUUCAUCCAGCGCUACCACCUGGAGAGGCACAAACGUGUGCACAGCGGAGAGAAACCCUACCAGUGUGAGCGCUGCCAGCAGAACUUCUCACGGACGGACAGACUGUUGCGUCACCGGCGUCUGUGUCAGGGCCGGAGCGUGCCCAAAGUGGAGACGCCUCAGUGCUGCGAGCCUCGGCCGUACCCCCAGGACCCCCCUCCCGCGCCCCCAACGUGGAGCCCCCUUCACCCCCCUCCAGGGCGCCUGGCUGUCUGACACAUAGCCCCGCCGCCAUCUUGGAUCCACGUGGGACAGGCCACAGGGUUUCCUCAUCGCUGAGGCAGGGGCACGCGCCAUAGACAAAACCUGAGCAGCUCCAAGAGAGAAGAGAAUACUGACAAACUUUGAUUUUUGUUUAUUUUUUACAGUUUUUUUUCACCCCAAAUUUUUACAAACUGUAUACAAAAGUGUUCCUGUUUUGUAAUCUAUAUUUUCUUUGCGGAAAUCUUUUUAUUAUUGUGAAUUGAAAUCUUUUCCUGGUGGUACUAGUGAAGAGGAAGGACGUCUCUGCACAGUUUGGUCACGUUGAAAGUAUUUGAACCAUUUCGGGAAGGUAGAUUUGAACUGUAAACAACCAUUACUUAAGUGAACGUUGAAACUGUAUUCAGAACUGUUCGAAGUGUAUCUUCAGUUGCAGUUUCAGCAGUGUAAAUAAGAGUUGUCAUUAUAACACUUUCGUAAUGGCGUUGCCCAGAUGGUUCAAAUGAACGCAGAAAUCUUGUACAUAAAAAAAACUAACCACCAGUGCUUCGAAAUGUAAACUGCCGGGCCUCCAAAAGUGAGCGAUGUCAUCCUGUUAUGAUGAUUCUGGACUCCCGGACUCCCAUUGGCUGGUCUGGUUCUGGUCACGUGACUCGCUGCUGCAUCAGGAAAUAGCGCGUCUUCAUUGAGAGGCCAUGGACCAGUCCUUCCUUACUCAUUCAAGAGACCAAAAUCUUGAGUGGUUUUUAGUCCUGGUCUUGGCUCUAGGCUAGUGCUACCACGUCUACUGUACAAAACAUUGUGAGUUCAGUGGGGUUACUCAAAAUCUUGUGGCCUUAGUGUUGUUGGUUUUCAUUUUGCCUUUUUCUCAACUGUUGCGAAUCGUGGAUCGGAAGAAGACGGCAAAGCAGCAUUUUGUUUUUAUAUAACUGUCUCGGUUACCCGGUGUUGGUAACUUCCUUGUCUAGCUGUUGUCUUUUGAUGAGUAUUUUUACUGUAUACAAACCGAUCGGGCAAAACAUUACGACCACUGACAGAAAGUGAAGAUUUUGUCAGCAAAGUUGUUCAACAAAGAGAAACAAGAUUGGGAUUUGAGUCUGCAGUUGUCAGUAUCAGAGGUGCGUUAGAGUCUUGGGUUAGACCUGGGUUCAUCUUGGUUUGGUCCUGGUUUAGACCCGGCUUAGUCCUGGUUAAAACGUAGCUCCUGUAAGUCUCCUGUAAAUUUCUAUCCUAGGGGCUUUAGGUUUGGUUAAAUCCUGGAUUAGACCUGUCUUAGUCGUUUGGUUGUCCUGGUUUGGUACGGCUCUUGUGAGGUGGUCCAGGUUUGCAAUGGUCAGUAUCUGUUUAAGGUGCUUAAGACCUGGUUUAGUCCUGGUAUAGACCAUGUUUAGUCCUGGGUUAUAACUGGUUUAGUCCUUGGUUAGACCUGGUUUACUCAUGUUUAAGCCUGGGUUAGAUCUGGUUUAGUCUUGUGUUAGACAUGGGUUAGACAUUGUUUAGAUCUGGGUUAGACCUAGUUUAGUUCUGGUUUAGUCCUGUGUUAGACCUGGUUUAGUCUUGGGUUAGACAUGGUUUAGUCCUGGUUUAGAUCUGGGUUAGACCUUAUUUAGUUUGAUGUGAUUUAGUCCUGGUUUAAACCUUAGUCUUGGGUUAGACAUGGUUUAGUCUUGGGUUAAACCUGGGUUAGACCUGGUUUAGUCUUGAGUUAGACGUGGUUUAUCCCUGAGUUAGACCUGGAUUAGACCUUGUUUAGUCUUGGUUUAGUCCUGGUUUAGACCCGAGUUAGACCUGGUUUAGUCUUGAGUUAGACACGGCUUAGACCUGGUUUAGUCCUGGAUUAGACUUGGUUUAGACCUUGUUUAGUCUUGGGUUAGAUCAGGUUUAGUCCUAGUUUAGUACUGCUAUUUUGGGCGUUUCUGAUCUUGCAAUGCUCAUUAUCAAUCAGAGUUGCGUCAGGCCUGGUUUAGUCCUGUUUCAGACCUGAUUAAGUCCCAGUUCAGCACCUGUCUGAGCACACAGUGACUGAAUUAUAAGCCGAUGGUCGUAAUGUUUUGCUCGACGGUUGUAUAUUGAACAGUAUGUAAUAUUUAGGAACUCUAGGCAAUUAAUGCUUCCCUCUGCUAUGCUUUGUCCACCGAGUCAUAGGCCAAGGCACAAAUAACCUUUUUUUUUUGAGUCGACUACAACUUUUCUAUCCAAAUACUACGACGUGAUUGCUGUAUAUAACGUGUCUAUUCAUUUCUAUUGGUUCGGCCUUAAGUGAGAGUGAAUACUGUACUCAGAAGCGAAGGUAGAACUUAAUGAUAUUGUAACAAAGAUUUACUAUUGAACGUACUGAUCCUUUCCGUAUGCCAGAUUUUUCCCGAUUUGACUAAACAGACUGAAACUACAUAGGAGCUUAAGCGAACCAUGGUUAUUAUAUACAGUCACUGGCCAUUUAACUUGCUUUAUAGCGAUGAAUAUUGGACAUUUGCUGUUCUAACGAUCAGGAAUCAACGUGACGAUGGGUUCCCUUGGUGCGUUGUCGUAACAUUUUCAAAGGAACUAUAAUCUGGGACUGAAGUGUAGGGUAGAUUUAAAUGAAUUGUCAAAAUUGCAGAUGUUUUGACCUGGUUUAAUCGCUAAGACAUCGCAUAUAGAUUUAUUUUAUUUUUUUAUUUACCAUAUUCAAACUCCCGUAAGGACAGUUUAAGGGUUUAUAGAGAGAUCACAACAUUAACCAAACAUAAAACCACUUCACGCUUGUUUUUGGUGCCUGAACCACAUGAUAAUAUGGCAGAAAGCUCCAAGAAGUAGAUUUUGCAUAAUUCCUCCUCUUUAAAGUUAAUAUAUCUGUAAUUACUAGAUUAAAUACGAUGAAAUCCUGAAAGGAAACCAAUCUUGAGGCUUGGUCAGGAGUAAGUAGCUGCAGGAUUAAGCCACUAUAAACUAUUUGUACUUUAAACAGAUGUACUUUGCGUGUGUCGGUGUAACCUCAGACCGGUACUUUUAGAUUGAAAAUUACCUACUGGAUUAACUGGAUUAGGGAUGUUCCAAUAUGGAUUUUUAAAGAUGAUAUCCGAUAUUUGCCGAGACCAAUGUUAAGGUUUAAAAAAUCUCUUGAGGACCAAAUGUACGCUGAGUUAUAGUAACGUUUACAAAUUCACUUUUCUUGGGAAAUCCUCCGAUAUCGCCGAUAAUAAUAAACCAUCUCUAUUUUGGAAAGCAAUCAGAACUUCCAGAUGAGUCCAUUUGAAACCUGUCUGUCCGUUGAAGAGUGGCCAGUGAGAGUAUACGGUCCGUUUUUGCUCCUACGCUAUAGUAACCGCACAAACUGAUUUUCUUGUUAAAGGGCCUGUACCUGAUAUUUUGACUGAAAAACCAUGAAUGAACUGUUAGCUCCGCCCGCUUUGUCAAUUUUUUAUUUUUUUUUAUCUUAAAUUGAAACAUGACGAGAAGCAACAGUCUAGGAAAGCAUGCAGCUAUGGUUCUUAUCUGACAAAAUUACUUUUCUAAUGUACAGUAUAGGUGAUAUUAAUUUGUCAUUUUCUUUUUACAAAUAGCUGCUUUUACAAAGUACUGUAUAGAGUUGGUGCGGUUGAACAAUUUGGGAAAAGAUCCAGUUGUGAUUUCCAGUUAUGUUUUGUUAAUAGGAUUCUGUUCAAAGUUCAUAUAGUACUUUAAAGAAUGGACAGAAAUACUGAAGUAUGGACUGGCAAACAAAUACAAGAAUCAAAUUUCAAAACAUGUUUGUAGGGAUGGUACAAGAUCCCGUGAGACAAAUUUGCCGCAAGAUUAGGCCUGGGAAACAUUAAGAAGUUGCCGAUAUGAUACCUCCAUACAUAGGCCACGAUACGAUACAUAUCUUUCAGUUCGAUACAAUAUUUUUCAAAUCGAUUCGCUUCAGUUCAAUGAAAAAUAAAGGUGAAAUCGUGGCUGUAAUACUAAAAGUCUUUGUUACAUCACUUCUUGUGCAAAGUUUAUAAGAAAUACAAAUAUUUUAAUAAUCAAAACUGUGAAAAUGUCAAAUGUGUCACAUAAAAAAGUUUCCUUCCUCUAAACAAGCAAUAAAACUGUAGCUGUAACAAAAUAAUUUAGUAAAAUAUACCAAACCCACGAUAUCGAUACGGUAUCAUCACAUGGAAUGAUAUAUUUCGAUAUUUUUGCACAAGAUCGUGCACACAAGAGAAAAAUGAUCACGGUUUUACAUUUCGAUUGGACAAAAAAGGGUCACAUGUUGGCGAGUCUCUUACGGUUCCAAAAAGCAGGACUAGAACUGAGCAAAACAAAAAUGAAAUAAAUAACAAAAUUGUGGAAACUGAACUGUGAAAUUUAUACAUUUGGAACAAAGUUCAAAUCUCGUCUCGUCCCGUUCUCGUGGACCCAAUCUCGUCUCAUGGAAAUUGUAAAUGUCUCGUACCAUCCCUAAUGUUUCUACAGACUGAAACGACUUUUUAAUGUUGUAUUUUUAAUGAAACGGGACGUCUUAGGUACCGGCCCUUUAAGAUUUUGGAUCGAGAAAACCUAACGCAUUGUGAAUCCAGGGAGGGUACUGGCACAAGCACAUAACCAACGGACAAUAGUCUUACACGUAGUCCACCGCACCUGUCCACACUUCUGUCACAUUUCGUAUUAUCCAACCUGUUGCAAUAGAUCCUUGUUUAUAAGAGUUAGUUUUGAAGGUUAAAAAAUUUUUGUUUUGAAAAUUUCUCAUUGUAUUUUGAAUGAUUGUUUUAAGGACCUUUUUUUAUUCUGAUGAAAUUGUGAACACUGGAGGUAAAAGAAAAAAAAAUACAAUAUAAACGUUUAUUUCAUUUAUUAGAUUUUAGUUUUUAGGAUGGUGGUUCUCAAUCGCGGUGCCCACAUGUAUCGUAGUUUUGUUUUUUGUUUUUUUUAUCAUUUCGAUGGCACAUGUGUUUUCAAAUUUAAUACCGUGCUGUGGAACUUUUCUGGUAGAGCACCCACUUCCACUAGCUGCUUGUCUCUAACGUCUCUAUCGCCGUGGAGACAAGCAGCCGACUUCAACGCUCUUGAGUUUACAGUUACGAUCUGUGAAGAGGCGAUCCCGUUCACUUUAUAGUUUUACAUUUUUCACAAUCACACUAAAGUCAAACCAUUCCAGGGUUAAGCAAGCAAUAACAUUGCUACGGAGACCAGCAGGUGGCCAACCCUCCACCGGAAAAGUUACACAGUGCACCUUUAGACAAUAUCAAUCAACGGUAUCAACUUUUGAGGGACCCACCUGUUGAGAACCACUGUUUAGUCAAAGCCGAUUCCUCCUAAAUGAACAAAAUACAUUGGAUAAAUUGACAACCCCGUGAAAUUAACCUUAUUUUUUACCAAGUCCCUGUUAAUUGUAGUAACUUAUAUUGGUAUUAGACAAACUUAAACCGUAGCCAUCACAAAAUUAGUUGUUUUUUUAUUAGUCUUGCAUGCAGAGUUACGGUCCUUGUUUAAAUGGAAGGAUCUCGGUAUAAUCUUUAUUUUGUGUAGGGAAAAAAGCGUAAAAAUAACUUCCUAAAAUCAUUGUAAAACGGGCUAACAAUUCUUUUAUGUACCUCGUGAUCCAAUAGUUUAAUCUGUUUGAAAAUCAGAGGAGAGGCUUCUUACUAUUAUCAUGAAUAAAAUCAUUUGUAAAGGACAA